UCUGCACUUUACCUUCCUCAUCUGCUCCUCCGUUCUCUUCCACUGCCGCCAUUUCGUUGCGUAAUUUCAGGUUUCUGCUUCCAUGCAAUGUAGUGUCGCCUCUCCUUAGCAAGAUACUCUAUUUCUUUGGUCUGAGAGUGACUGGAUGGCUCAGAGUAGUGUUCAUGAGUUAUUGAGCUGUGAUGACAUACUGUGUGAGAUCCUCAUUCGAGUGCCACCAGAAUCCAUAUUUAGAUUGAUAACUGUAUCUAAGAGGUGGCUUCACUUUAUCUGCUUCUCGUCAACUUUUCGUCAAAGUUACCUGAACAUUUGGAGAACAAGAUUUCGUCUCUUGGGUUUCUUUGUAUGCAAUAAUUUGUAUCUUGGAAGAUCUCUAAAUGGCCCCCGCAGGCCCACAAAAGAACCUGCUCUUCCGUUGUUGUCAACUUCUACAGAGGGUGACGACUUACAGUACUCUGGGAUUCUCAAACAGCUUGGUUAUCUUAUUGACUCUUCCAACGGCCUUCUUUUGUGUGGCCGUCACCCAAAGACCUAUUAUGUGUGGAAUCCUAUCUCCAAGCAGCGGUAUCAACUCCCUCAUCCCCGGGUGUACUUUGAAGAGUUGUGUAUGGCAUUCCUUGUUGAGAAUUUCCUUCCUGAUGAUGUACACUUUAGAGUCAUUCGUGCGAAAUGUGAAAACAGUCAUGAUGAAGUCAAUACUGUCCCUAUUGAGACAUUCCAUUCUAAGACCAGCACAUGGAACUAUUCUACCCUUACUUGCUCAGAAGCUUUUUCAUUAUCUCCUUGGACAUCGGCAGCUGUGAUCAAAAGUGUUGUUCAUUGGUAUGCAGCACAGGGAAAAAUAGCCAUAUAUGAUCCAAAACAUGGUAGGAAGCACUUGGAUUUGAUUGAACUGCCUGGUUCAUAUGACUUUGAUGAACGAGUUCUUGGGGAGUCCUCAGAUGGCCUUCUACAGUAUGGUUGGAGCAAUCAAUCUAGAAUGGAGAUAUGGGUUCUUGAAAAAGGACAAGGCUGUCACGCGUCCUCUUUCGCAAUCAGCACAAAUGCUUCCAAUCGGUGGAACUUGAGAUAUAAAUUGAACUUUAAAACAAUGUGGAAGAAUAAUCCAGUGGUCAUGACAAAGUUUUGGUCACGUUCUAAAGAAACUCAGCUCGUAUCAUUACUUCCUCAGAAUUCUGAGUCCGUUUUUAUCAAGUCUGGAUCGGACAUAUUUCUCUAUCACCUUGAGAAUGGAAUGCUGGAAGUGGUUCUUUAUCAUGGUCGUAGCUCCUCUAUUGGAUGGGAUUUCUGCAAAGUAAUCCCGUACUUCAGGCCUGCUUGGCCAUACUCUUCUAGAUGUCCUGUCAACAAUAUUGUGGCAUGAUUUUUAAAAUAUUCUGGAGAAGUUUUUAACUAAGUAUUAUUACUUAAUGUGCUGCGUUCCACUAGUUUUGCUGUUCGAUUUUUAUGAUUAUUGUCUAUAGAGUCAAAACCUUUGUUUCAGCAUUAUAGACGUUCUGAUGAUAAUACAUUCAUUGCACACA